GUCAUCACUUUCAUCGACGUCGGCGACUGUCAGGAUUCCAAACAGCAGACACUGCUCUGCGUAGUUUUUUGGAAAAGCAGACUUUUAAACCGUAUUUCAGUGCCUUUAUAUACAUGGUUGAAAGGCUGACACUAUAACCUUACAAUGGCUGCGAAAAUAAACGAAGCCCACGAGCACAUUGCUAAGGCAGAGAAAUAUCUGAAGACCAGUUUUAUGAAGUGGAAGCCUGACUAUGAUAGUGCUGCGUCAGAGUAUGGGAAAGCAGCUGUGGCUUUCAAAAAUGCAAAGCAACUAGAGGACGCCAAGGAAGCAUAUCUUCAGGAGGCAGAGGCUCACACAAACAACAGAACUCUCUUUCAUGCUGCAAAAGCACUUGAACAAGCAGGGAUGAUGUUGAAGGACAUGCAGAGGGUACCAGAGGCCAUUCAGUACAUUGAGAAGGCGAGCAUGAUGUAUGUGGAGAAUGGCACCCCUGACACAGCUGCUAUUGCACUGGACAGGGCUGGCAAAUUAAUAGAACCGAUGGAUCUAGCUAAAGCAGUGGAUCUCUACCAGAAAGCUGCAUCAGUAUUUGAGAAUGAGGACCGUCUUCGGCAGGCGUCAGAGUUGCUGGGAAAGGCUUCCAGAUUACUUGUUAGGCAACGCAAGUUUGAUGAGGCAGCAGUGUCACUUCAGAAGGAGAAGAACAUGUACAAAGAAAUAGAGAAUUAUCCAACGUGUUUUAAGAAAACCAUUGCACAAGUGCUCGUCCACCUUCACCGAGCAGACUAUGUAGCAGCAGAAAAAUGUGUCAGAGAAGGUUACAGUAUCCCAGGGUUCAGUGGGAGUGAGGACUGCAUUGCCAUGGAGGAGCUGCUGCAGGGCUACGACGAGCAGGAUGAGGAUCAGGUCUACAAGGUCUGCAACUCCCCGCUACUCAAGUACAUGGACAACGACUAUGCCAAGCUGGCCAUCAGCCUGAGGGUACCAGGGGGUGGAGGCAAGAAGAAAGCAGCGGCCCCAGCCAGCGACGCAGGAGCAGGAGGAGCCAGCUCAGCAGCACCCCCUGAGGACGAAGAGGAUGAAUACGCAGGGGGACUCUGCUAAACACAACAUCAUACAAGCCUUCACACACACACACACACACACACACACACACACACACACACACUCUCACACACACUCUCACACACACACACACACAUACACACACAGUCAUGUUCACAUACACACACACACACAGUCAUGUUCACAUACACAGAAACACACACACACACACACACACAGAGUCACAUUCACAUACACAUAAACACACACACACACACACACACACACACACACACACACACACACACACACACACACACACACACACACACACACACACACACACUGUCAUGUUCACAUACAUAGAAACACACACACACACACACACACACACACACAGUCACGUUCACAUACACAUAAACACACACCCACACACACUUCAACAUAAACACACACAUCCAUAUACAAACAUGCAUACAAUCUAUCUCUCUCUCUCACACACACACACACACACACACACACACACACCUGUCCCUCCUCCAGCUGUGGUGAGCAGUUUCAGUAGUUCCCAUCUCUCAGCCGUGCUGUUAUGAGGAGUUCCCUCCUGCAGGGGGCAGCCUUCCACAGCUGCCUCACUGGUGGGAGUUAUCAAGCUGCCUUACUUACUUACUGCACCACCAUUCGUCUGUAAGCAUGAGCAUGGCCACUGAAAGUAUAAAUAGAUGUUAUAUAUUCUGUUAAUAUGUAAAGACUUAAAUGAAUUUUUUGCCUCCAUCUCUGAGGAAAAGUUUGGCUUAUGCUUAUUAUUUUAACAUGGCAUUUUGCGUUGAUGAAGAGGACAAUUGAUUAUACAGAUCAGUGUGAAUAUUUGUUUAUGAGGUGUGGAUUUGGUGGGUGUGAGAGUGUAUAGUAUUAUAUUCAUUUAAGCAUAGUUUCUGAUUCAUCCAGCCUUUUGUUUCCUCACACACACACACACACACAAACACACACACACACACAGUGGCAUAAACUUAGCCCUCUAAACUUGAAGACUUUAGACUGAGAUGAGCCCUCUUUUCUCUGCGUCAAGUGGACACUUGUAAGGGGACCUACAUAGUUGGAGUGUGUGUUAAGAUGUGGACUGUGGAUAUGAAUAAGUGGCAUUUACUUUGAAGUUGUGUAUGUUCAGGUUUGUUUCCUGAGUUGCCUCUUUGUCACAUUUAAUUCCAAUAUUUCCUUUGCACAGAUUUUCAUGUUUCAUAAUACAUGCACGACACUGUCUGUCACAUACAUACCUACUGUAUGUACAGGGCACAAAAAGGGGGAGGGAAGUAGGGGGACAGAAUCACGCAGCCAACGUUUCCUGUUCUCUCUGAAUAAUGUGUCUUCUUCUUUUAUUACUCCGGUGAGAUACUGGUAUAUGCUGAUGAUACAAUGAUGUUUACUCACUCACUCGACUGUUUCUCUGAGCACUUCCUGAAUACCCAGCAUGCCUUUGUGAUUUUUGGAAACAAGCAACAACAACAAGAACAACAAAAACAGGAUAAUCUAUCCAACAUACUCUGUGGUGUUUUAUACAUAUUCAGAUAGUACUUAAAAUGUAUAUGCCAAAAAAUCUUGCAGCAUCCCUUCCUAUGACAGGUCAGUUGAAUCAUGUUUGAAAAAGAUAGAGACUGCUGCACAUUAUCGUCUUUCUGCCUUACAAUUUUACUGUGGCUUACCAUGCUGAUUGCUGAUGUGCCCAGGAACAUGUAUAACUAAACACAUAUGAUCUGUCAGUCAGUGCAGGUCGGUUGUUAUGCUGGAAACAAAUUAGUGUACAACUAGUUUUGUACUUUUCAAGAUGACACAGAGAAUGCUCUACAGAGUAGCAGUCACCUGCAAACCUGCAUGAAUGCCUGUUCGUAAUGUCUGUGUCUGUAAAGUGUGUGUCGUCCCUGAGAAUGCCUUACUGUACUUCAGCUGUUAAAGCUCUUCUUUCUUAUCUACUCUCUUCUGACUGACGAGUUGUAUAAAUCGAUCCUGUGCAAGGACUCUUCUUCUGUGUGUCGCAUGUGAGGUUUUGAUUUAAACUUUUAAUAUGGACUUUCUUUGCAAACUUAAAAGAUCUGUAUUUUAAUGUAAUCAGUAGGGAAAAAAUGCAAAUAAACCUCAAUGUUUGCAAUA